AUCCGGCGGGUUGAGGUGGCGACUGGCGCGGUGACGACGAUCGCGGGCAGCGGCGAGGAUGGCGACGCGGAUGGCGUGGGCGACACGGCGGAGUUCAACAACCCAAGUGGCCUCGCCAUCAGCCCAGACGGCGACGCGCUGUUUGUGGCGGACAACGGCAACCGCAAGAUCCGGCGGGUUGAGGUGGCGACAGGCGAGGUGACGACGGUCGCGGGCAGUGGCACGGAGGGCAGCGCUGACGGCAUGGGCGACGCGGCGGAGUUCGACGGCCCAGAUGAAGUCGCCCUCAGCCCAGACGGCAGCACGCUGUUGGUCAAUUGCAACGGUGGCCUCCGCCAGGUCUGCGUGGCUGCGCCUCCUCCGCCUCCCUCCUUUGCCCCGAUAGUCGUUCCGCCUUCGACCCUUGCAGCCGACUUCGCAAAGACGCGGGGCGACGCCUCCCUGCCAGAGGGGAAAGUCGCCUUCCUGGUCGGCGACGACGAGGAGCGCAUCGACGACGUCAGCAAGUGCGUCAUCUGCGCCCGGUCCCCGGUCUUUCGGACCAUGUUUGGCAUCGGGAUGAAGGAGCGCGACGCCGCCGAGGUCACGGUGUCCCACACCGACCUCGCCAGCUUCACCGCCCUCGUCGACUACCUCCUCUCCGACAAGUUCGACCUCGGCGAGGAGGGCGGCAGGGCGCAGCGCGCGCUCGACCUGCGGGAGCUGGCGCAGAUGUACCAAGUGCCGCGCCUCGAGCUGCUCUGCGCGCAGGCGCUGCAGGAGGUCGUCGCGCCGGCGACCGCCGUGCCGCUGCUCGAGGCGGCGCACACGACGGGCGACGGGCGGCUCCUCGCGCAGUGCCGCCGCUACGUGGCCGACCACGCCGCCGAGGUGCGGGCGAGCGGCGGCGUGGAGCAGCUGCGCGACUUUGGCGUGGCGGAGCUGAAGGGGACGGUGGCGGCGCGCGACGCGGAGCUCGAGAAGGUCCGGGCGGAGGUGGCCGAGCGGGCAUGA